UGAAGGAGGAGAUCCAGUCCCAGAGGAGUGACAACAGGCAGGAGGGCAGACGGGUGAACGAGGUGAGUAUGGAAGUCCUUGGUUUGAGACCUGACUGUGGUACAUGGACUAAAUCGGACAAGCACUGAAGUGUGAGCGUGGCAGGAGGAGAAUCCUGUAGGAACUGAGGACAGAGAGCAGCGUUAGAUACAAGACGGAACAUGGAACAUUUAACAGAACACUAGGAAGCCAAGUUACCACCAGGGGUAGUAGGACGAACUGGCGAUGAGAAGCAGGCAGUGCUGAUUUAAAAACCCUCCUUCUGGUUGCUCCUGGAAGAGGAGCAGGUGAGGUGGCGAAAUCUCUGCCUUGGAGGAUGGUCUGGACACCUCUGACACACCCUGGAAAAUCUCCAGACACUCCCACAGAACAUGACAGGUUGGAUCUCUGUCUUAGCCUUCGAGUUUCACACUGUGGAGGUUCAGCCUGGUGAAGAAGUCACGCUGCAGUGCUCCAACCUUAGCAGACUUUAUGUUCGCUUAUCCUGGUUCAGAAUGACAAACAGAAAAGGAAAAAUCUCUUCUAUGUUCAGCCCUGAGAGCAAUGCGACUUUUCAUGAAGGAUUUCAAAAUAGCAAAUUCAACAUGACAUCCAACACCUCUGUGCUAUUUCUUGAGAUCAAACAAGUGGAUUCAUCUGACUCUGGGCUGUAUUUCUGUGGUGAGGACAGUUCUGAAAAGUUAAUAGUUUAUGGUGCAACAAAUUUAAAGGUUCAAGAAGGUAGAUCACAAAAUCCAUCCACUAUGAUCCUGGGCAGUUUAACUGUUUUCCUUCUCCUGGUCAUCAUCGGUCUGAUUGUCAAGAUCAGGAAAUUUUAUACAGCUGAAGAUGACAGACAGAAUCCACAACGCAGUGAGGGCAGAAUUUUGUCUAACCCUACACAUCAGAACAAAAAUCAGAAGGCCUGUACCACAGAGAGAGCUGGAGCCAAAUGUUGUGUACGCUGCUACGAGAUAGACUCACAGGAAAAGCAACACAAAAACUCUCUCAAACAUUAUGUUGUUAGUUGA